AUGACGGAACCGCACGCGCAGGACGCCGCGGACGCGGCCCCAGACGUGGCCGCGGCCAAGGCCGCGGCAGCGGCGCCCGCGGCGGCGCCCGUGGCGCCGCCCACGGCGCCGCCCUCCGAGUCCGGCGCCGAGCAGCCCGAGACGCUAGCCGCCGAGGCGCCGUCGCCGGCGGCUAACGGCGCCAGCGGCGGCGCGCCCGCAGCCGACCCCGCGCCCCCCACAGACCCGCCCAUGGGCUCCCUCCCGGCGGACGUUACCCCCGCCCCCGCUCCGCCCCGGAAGCCCGACAUGCACAACCUGCCGGCCAACCCGCUGCCCAAGCACCAGGCCAAGCACGCGCUCACGGCCGUCAAAGCCGUCAAGCGCCUCAAGGACGCGCGCCCAUUCCUGCAGCCCGUGGACCCCGUCGCCCUCAACAUCCCCCUCUAUUUCAACUACAUCAAGCGCCCCAUGGACCUCUCCACCAUCGAACGCAAGCUCAACGCCAACGCCUACGAGACCCCCGAGCAAGUCACCGACGACUUCCGUCUCAUGGUCCGCAACUGCGCGCAGUUCAACGGCGCGCAGUCCGUGAUCGCCCAGAUGGGCCGCAACAUCGAGGCCUCGUUCGAAAAACACAUGCUCAGCAUGCCCGCGCGCGACGCGCCGCCGCAGCCGCGCGCCAAGCGGCGGCGGUCGGAGCUCGACACGCCCGUCGUAAUCCGUCGCGCAGAAACGCACAACGGCCGCCCCAAGCGCGAGAUCCAUCCGCCCCGGUCCAAGGACAUCUACCCGUACGAAAGCGCCAAGCCGCGCUCCAAGAAGUACCAGAACGAGCUCAAGUUCUGCCAGCAAGUGGUCAAGGAGCUCAUGUCCAAGAAGUUGUCGUCGUUCAACUACCCGUUCCUCGAGCCCGUGGACCCCGUCGCCCUCAACUGCCCCACGUACUUUGAUUACGUAAAGCAGCCCAUGGACCUCGGCACCGUCAACCGCAAGCUCAACAACUGGGAGUACGAGAACGCAGACGAGGUCGAGCGCGACAUCCGCCUCGUGUUCCAGAACUGCUACGCCUUCAACCCGGACGGCACCAUCGUCAACAUGAUGGGCCACCGCCUCGAGGACGUGUUCAACGCGCGGUGGGUCGACCGCCCGGUCACUCCGGACGAGGACUCCGACGACGACGAGCGCGCCGACUCCGACUACUCCAGCGACGACGCGCCCGCCGACGAGGACGUCGACGAGAGCCUCAUCACCAACCCGGCCAUCCAGUACCUCGAGCAGCAGCUCGAGCGCAUGAAGGUCGAGCUCCAGCAGCUCAAGAAGCAGGAGCUGGAGCGCAUCCGCAAGGAGCGCCGUCUCGCGCGCGGCGGCAAGCGCCGCCGCGCCGGCAAGAAGCGUGCCCGCACGGGCGCCGGCUCUGCCGGCACCGGCGGGUCCGGCGGCGCGGGCUCUGGUAGUACCGGCUCUGGCGGCUCUGGCGCGGGCAAGAAGCGCAAAAACAAGCUCAAGACCGUCGUCACCUACGACAUGAAAAAGGUGAUUUCCGAGCGCAUCAACGACCUGCCGCAGUCCAAGCUGGAAAAGGCGGUCGACAUCAUCCGCAAGUCCAUGCCCGACAUCGGCAAAGACGACGAGGUGGAGCUGGACAUCGACAUGCUCGACAAUAUGACCAUUCUAACGCUGUACAACACUUUUUUCCGCGAAUACGCGACCGCCAACGGCAACGGCGCCUCGAUCGACGAAGAGCUCGCUCGUGGCAACUCUCUUUCCCCAGGGUCUGCCUCGAUGGGCUCGUCGCGCAAGCUCAACCGCAGAAGAAGCAAAGCGUUGAGCGAAGAGGAACAGAACAAACAGAUUGAAAAGAUCAAGAACAAACUUGCAAUCCUAGACGGUGCGUCGCCUGCUAGCUCUAGUGCCCUCAACGGGCUUUCGCUUGGUGGAGAAGACUCCUCUGAUGACGAUGACGACGAUGAUGACGACAUGAGCAGCGAGAGUGAAGAAGAGUGA